GACGAGAUUGGGUGCUUGGCCGUCCCCGCGCCAUUAGCGCGUAACGAGGUACAGCUUGCUGCGGCAGAGACGCCAGAGGUGCAGCUCCAGCAGCAAUGGCAGUAACGGCGUUGGUGGCGCGGACGUGGCUUGGCGUGUGGGGCGUGAGGACCAUGCAAGCCCGAGGCUUCGGCUCGGAUCAGUCCGAGAAUGUCGACCGGGGCGCGGGCUCCAUCCGGGAAGCCGGUGGGGCCUUCGGAAAGAGAGAGCAGGCUGAAGAGGAACGAUAUUUCCGACAUUACGGGUUAUGCUUAGAGAUCUCUUUGGGGUGAAGGAUUGAAAUUAAACCCUGAGCCACCGUGUCCUUGUAGAGCACAGAGUAGAGAACAACUGGCAGCUUUGAAAAAACACCAUGAAGAAGAAAUCGUUCAUCAUAAGAAGGAGAUUGAGCGACUGCAGAAAGAAAUUGAGCGGCAUAAACAGAAGAUCAAAACGCUAAAACAUGAUGAUUAAGUGCACACAGUUCCCCAUAGAAUGGCACAUGUCACUGCCCACUUCUGUGUAGACAUGGUUCUGGUUUAAUUAAUAUUUGUCUGUGUGCUACUAACAGAUUAUAAUAAAUUGUCAUCAGUGAACUGUG